UGAAGAGGACAGUGAUGCCAAUGAGGGAUAAUUUGAUGGAUUACUCUGCAGGGAUGGGAGGGGGGCUCUCCAUAAUCCCCUUUGUGGACCCUCUGGAUGGGCACAGAGUGAGAGACCCCAGCCCAGGGCAGAGAAAAGGCAGCUCAGCGGGGUGGGCUCUGCAUGCUGACAGAUAAAUACAGACCCUGCUCGUGCAGUGCUGGAUAUAAUCUGAGCCCAGUACGGUGCUGUUGAGAAGGGGGGCACCUGGAGGGGGCUUUUCUCACUUAUUUGUUUUCCUCCUCUCCAAUUUGAUUUGGGUUUUUUUUUUAUUCUUUGGCUAAUAAUAAUAAUAGAAAAAGAACAAAAGAAAGGAGGGGGUGGGGGAAAGGCUGAGUCAGAGCAAGUGAUGGACGCAGUACUUUAAACAGCAGAAAUGAACUCGAGCAGAAAGCGGAACCACAUCGUCUCUCGUUUUCCCCCUCCCACCCCAGAACGGGGGCUUCUCUUGUGAAUGAAAGCAAGAGCUCAGGCUGUGCCAUAGCAAAAGGAAGCUGCAGUUCUGAUGUAGAACCCCAAGUCCUGUCCUGGGGGUCUGGGGCUGCUCCUUGCAGAGCUGGUGCUGGUUCAGGAUGUGGUGAUGAGGAAUGAUCACUUUGCUCCCAGGUGGCUGUGGAUGGAUCACAACAGCUCUGAUGUGGCUGCAUCUCAAACCCCAUCCUUGUGAGCUCCAGCAGCCAUGGAUAAGGUGGCACAGUGUGGUUUGGUGACCAUUGCCAUGCAGAACCAAAGCACAGCUCUCAAUCUCAACAAAUUGCAAUGCCUCGUUAUGAACAAACCAUGUGGAAGGCAUCGGAGCUGCCCCAAAGCUCUGCCCCAUCCCCUGAGGUAUCUGUAGCACUCAGUGCUUAUCCUGGAUUCAUAUCUCCCAGCAUCUGAGCUGCUGGGUGCUGUGGGGUAAAGGAAGGGGAUCUCAAACAGGCUGUGGCUCUCAGGUCUUGUUCUGGUCUAACGGGAUUUCCACCCACUGCUGCUCAUUCCCUAAGCCGAGCUGCUGAUAUAAUGGAGCCCUGAGCUCAAAGGAAACGCAGAGUUAAUUCAGAGGGGCUAAAUACAUCACCAUUCUCCCAUCCCCGCUUCGUGACCACUCCCCUUUCCCCACACUGUGAAUGGGGUCAAGGAGAUUUGGCUGGGUGAUGGGGGGGGAGGAAAGGGGAGAGGGUCAGGAGAGGUCAGGUGAGUUUUCCAUUUCAUCCCGCGCGAGGCUGCCAGAGCUAUUCUCCAUGGUGUAUUUCACAUUCAGCUGCGGUGAAUGGACACUGAUAGCUGUGAAAGGAUCUGGCACUGUAUGAACAGCCCUUCCCUAAGCGCUCGCUCUUGUGCUCGCUCCCACCCUUUCUUCCAAAGGGCUUCCAGGGAGCGGGGAAUUAAUAACGUUUAUAAAGAGCCCCUUGGAAGGUUGGAAAUGUAACGUUGUGGGUAUGAAUGGAGACCCGAGGGCUGACAAUACCCUGCGCCCUCCCCUCUCUCUUUGCUGCUCAUGGGGAAUGCAGUUCUGCAUCCAGGCUGUGGUGUGGAGGGGAGGGAAGGUGUGGGGCUGUGUCACCUGCAGCAGCACUACCCAGCCUCACUGCCUGCCUCCAGCCUUGCCAGUUAUGUGGGGUAGUGAUUUCCCAUAUAAGAAGAGCUCAGGUUAUUAUGGAGCCUUGGCAGGUUGCAAACAAGCAGAGAAUCUCAUCUUCUGUGGUCUGACGGUUGCUGCAGCUGUUUGUUAACCAGGGGUAGGUGCGUGGCAGCCAUAAAUCAGGAAGUUUGCAGCUGUGUGUAGAGAAUCUCAGCUCUUCUGUGCCUGUAGUGAAUGGGAAGAUUAAGAGGAGGUAAAAUAUGAAUCCUCCUGAGGAGCUGCAGCCCUUCAUGCCCUGGCUGUGGGUGCUGGGCAGGCUGAGAUGGGAUGGGUGGCAGGAGCUGCUCCAGGACCGCCCUCCUAUUGGUGCCAGCUGAAAGCCUCCGGGUGUUGAUUUGCUGUUUCUCUGUAAAGGAAGGAAAGGAAAAGUCUGGUUUGUAAGCUUAAAAGUAAAACAGAAAGACGGGCUAAAAGGUGCUUCAUUUCUCAUGCAGGAGGGAGAGGAGGAGCCUUAGUGCUCAUGGCAGGUGGUGUCCCCAUGGCACAACGUGUCAAGGUGUUUGGCAUCGUGUCCAAACAUUGUUUGUGUUGUAGCAGUUGGGGAAACUGAGGCUAGAGGGCAAAAAGUGCUUUCUGUCCUGCAGCUUUCUGGCCAGCCACCCCCAGCUGAUGGUGGAGGGCUCCUCAGCACGAGGUGCAUCAGGUCCCAUUGCAUUGGAGGAGCAGCGUGGUCCUUCUGCUGGGGGGCAGCAGCUCUAUUUGCCCAUCCCUGCCCUGUCACCUGCCCACACCUGCAGUGCAGAGGUGUUGUUUGCAAAUCACCUGCAGAUCAAGUGGUGACAAACAUCGAAACCAAGGCAGGGCUUUGGGCAAGGUUCAGCUGCGAGCCCAUAUCUGGGCAUUUCCUUCUGAGCUGAUUUGGGACAGGGGCUCUAUGAGGCUGCUGCUGGCAACCUGUGUUUGCUCAGCACCACACACGAGGGGCCCAGCACAGGUGUGGCCAUGCUGCUAUAAUAACACACCACGUGUUGUUAUCAAGAGGCAGGGAGGGCCCAGAAACCAAACCCUCAUGUGUACCUGCCGCUGUGUUCCACCUCUGCUUGCCUGCACACCACUUAAAUAGCUUUUCCUGAAUGCUAUGUACCCGGGCUUGGCUCUGGGGAGUGCUGCAGGGAUCUGCUGUCCUGCUCAGCAUGAAGGAGAGCACAGCAUGUGAGCAGAAGGGGGAACACAGAGCGGAUCCCUGCCUGCCUACACCUGGACUUGACAUUACUGGGACCUCAUCGCUCAGCAGGAGGAUAAGACGCUUCAUUCACCGAUGCUAAAAAUGGGAGACAGCAUCUGUGCAGCAGGAAGGGAAAAGAAACAGCAGACUUUGCCUGUGGGACACCUCGGGUUGCCCUGGCAGUGAGGGUCAGCAUGGCUCUCAAUGUGCUCCUGCACAACCGCAGGGCUCAGCUCUUGCUGCUCAACUCAUUGACGUUCGGCCUGGAGGUCUGCCUGGCUGCUGGCAUCACCUACGUGCCUCCAUUGCUCCUGGAAGUGGGAGUGGAAGAGAAGUUCAUGACCAUGGUGUUGGGGAUAGGACCCGUCCUUGGCUUGGUUUUUGUCCCGCUGAUUGGAUCCGCCAGCGACCACUGGCACAGUAGCUAUGGCCGGAGGCGGCCGUUCAUCUGGGUGCUGUGCCUGGGAGUCCUGCUGAGCCUCUUCAUCAUCCCUCACGCCAGCAGCCUGGCCAGCCUGUUUGCUCUCAAUACUCGCCCGCUAGAGAUCGCCUUCCUCAUCCUGGGCAUUGGGCUGCUGGAUUUCUGUGGCCAGGUCUGUUUCACCCCCCUGGAGGCACUGCUCUCAGACCUCUUCCAGGAGCAGGAUAACUGCCGCCAGGCCUUCUCUAUGUACGCCUUCAUGAUCAGCUUGGGGGGCUGCAUUGGCUACCUGCUUCCAGCCAUUGACUGGGGGGCCAGCUUCCUGGCCCCAUACCUGGGAGGACAGGAGACUUGUCUCUUCAGCCUCCUUGCUGUCAUUUUCCUUGGUUGUGUGCUGGCCACCCUCUUUGUGAAUGAAGAAGCAGCUUCCCAGGCGGAUGCUCUGGAUGGCCCAGCACUGAAGGAUGCUCUCCCUAAGCCCUCACCCUCUGGCUGUUGCUCUUGCCUGCUCUCCAGGAGCUUCUUGCAGGCCAGGCAUGCGAUGCAAGCCCUAAGGAACUUCUGCACGUUGGUGCCAAGGCUUCACAGCCUUUACUGCCGCAUCCCCAAAGUCAUCCGGCGCCUGUUUGUGGCUGAGCUCUGCAGCUGGAUGGCACUCAUGACUUUCAUGCUGUUCUACACAGACUUUGUUGGGGAAGGGCUGUACCACGGUGUCCCCAGAGCCAAGCCAGGCACGGAUGCCAGACGUCGCUAUGAUGAAGGUGUCCGGAUGGGCAGCUUGGGACUCUUCUUGCAAUGUGUCACCUCCAUCUUCUUCUCGACAAUCAUGGACCGGAUGGUGAAACAGUUUGGGACACGAACUGUCUACCUGGCCAGCGUGGUGUUCUUCCCUGCUGCUGCCUUUGUCAUGUGCCUUUCCCACAGUGUCAUCGUUGUCACCAUCUCUGCUGCUCUAACAGGCUUCACCUUCUCUGCUCUCCAGAUCCUGCCGUACACACUGGCAUCGCUGUACCAUCAUGACAAACAGGUAUUUUUGCAUAAAUACAAGAGCAAAGAGGAGAGAGACGCAGCUCGAUCAGACAAGAAAUCAGCCUUCCCCAAAGGCCACCUCUCCAGCCAGAAGCUGCCUUACCAGAACGGACACACCGGGGGCCUCUACUCUUCAUCCUCCUCUUCCUCCUCUCCCCCAGCUGCCAGCUCUGCCCUAUGUGGCAGCUCCUCCUGUGAUGUCUCACUGAUGAUGAUAGUGGGCGAACCGGACUCGGUGCCUCCGGGCCGAGGGAUCUGUUUGGACCUGGCUAUUUUGGACAGUGCUUUCCUCCUCUCUCAGGUUGUCCCCUCUCUCUUUAUGGGGUCCAUCGUCCAGUUUACGCAGUCGGUGACUGCCUACAUGGUGUCAGCUGCUGGCUUCGGCCUCGUUGCCAUUUACUUUGCAACCAAAGUUGUCUUUGAUAAGAGUGACAUGGCCAAGCAUUCGGUGUGAUGGGGGCAGCAAGAUGAGGGGUGUGCACAUCCCUAUGGCUGCUUAUGGGGUGCCCCAUGUCGUGUGUGCUGUCCCCAUGCUGCUGCUGGGAGCCCCAGUGCUGCUCUGGGGCUGGGGAUGGCAAAGAGGCUGCAGGGAUAAUCUCAGGUGUAAAUAGGAGGCAUCGGGGCAUUGUGCUUUGGGCCAUCAGUGCUUUCCACACGGUGCCUUUCUCAUAAGUAAGCACUGCACAGCCAACACCAAAGGGAUUGCGUUGGGGUUUGGGGGAGGGGGGGAGAGGAAGGAAUCAGGCUUUUCCUUUAGUAAUGAGUGUGAGGAGGGGAGGGAAGAGCUACUGUCUCUCCUGCCUUCCAAUGAUGGGUGUUUUAACUUCCCUCUUCCACUUGUACUCAACUUACUGAGUAGUUCUCCCACCAGAUCCAUACCUCCCACACCCAACCCCUAAAUGAUGCUGCAGCAUCACAAGAGCUCAGACCAGCAGUGAGGGAGGAGAGCAGGCAGAGCCCUCCAGGAAGGCAGACUGGGAUCAAACAGACCUCAUCACGUUCUUAUCUGCUCCAGGUGCCUCUCGAUCCCAUAACACUGGGACCAGUGCUACUGGGUAGGUCGGCCUUCAGAUGUGAGUCACCUUCUGCUGGCCAAGCAGCACCAAAGCUCAGAGCUCACCCCUAUGCUGAGUAGAAGCCAAGAUCAUGGCUUGCAAUGAGCACUUAGGUUCUGAAACGGUGCAAGCAAUGCACAAACAUCUGGGCUGGGGGGGUACACUGGGACUCAGCAGCCCUCAGUUUUAGCUGCAAACCAAGUGUUUAUGAGCAGUUUUCAGUGCGUGGGCUCUGAGAUGUGCUGGUGAGGCGCUGCUGAAGGGCAAAACGUUGCUAUUUUUGCAAGGUCAUGUCAGAAUAUUCCUUGGCAUGGAAGUGAGAUUAUAACUCCCUUUGCUGUCUGCAGGCGGGUCCUGGGAGGGCUUCUCCUCACUGCUUUAAAUGUAUCCUUCCCGUAAGGGGUGACUCUUAUUGUUUUAUUCCUCCUCAAAUUAUAUGCCUGCCAGCCUCCCUUUCCCACAAGGAGCCCCAUGUGCUGCAAUGCAGCUGUUUUGGGAAUGGAUUUGGCAGCUGCACAACCAUGGACGGAAGCAGUUUUGCCAUCAUCUUCCACCCCAGCCUGCAGUGGGAAGUCCUGAAAGGUCACUACCAAAGGUUCAGCACUUCUUGAAUGCUCACAGGGAUCAGUAACCUCUGACUGAGGGUUGUCAAUGAGGUCCCUGCCUGAGUGCUGGAACACUUUGCCGUUUAAGUGCCUGAUGAGGACCUUGAGAGCAUCAUUAAGAACAUCCAAGUGAUGCUUGAGGCUCAGGGGGUUGGCAGCCUUGUCUCAUAACAUCUUUUGGUUUGGAAUGUGAGAGCCCAAUGUCUUGAGCCUUAACUCAUCGCUGCCCCUUGAGAGUGGAAAGCUGAAACCUUCUCAGUUCCCCAGCAGAGGAAUGUUCCCCUUCAUUCCAGGUGGGUGCUUGGUGUCUCACCUUGACCUGUAUUAAUUGCUAAUUGCUCCUUUCCUCUUUACCCUCCUAUUACACCAGGAGGUCUGCUGGGCCCUCUGCCAUCUCCCAGCACAGUGGGUAGAUGGGUGCAGGGAGGAGCUCUUGCCAAGACCCCAUUAGUUGCUCUUUGCUCCCCCUGUCCCCUUUGGGAGCCCAAACCCAGAUGGGUUGCUCGAUCAUACUGUAUAAUUUAUAGGUAUGGCUGCAAGCUCCUGGCAGGCUGUUGCUGGGAGCCCUUCUCUUUCUAUAGGCCACACUGUGCCUCUCCUUUCCUUUCGUUUUGGGGGUGAGUUGGGAUGCAGAGGGGGGAAAGGAGGAUGUAUUUUGUAACAGAAGCUGAUUGCUGUGGGUCUCCGGGUGAAGGAAGGGCGUUUGAUGCUAUUUUUCCUCUCGUGAUCACACACUGUCUGGAAGACGAGAUGUUUUAUUUAUUCAGCAGAGUGAAUAUUUUGUAUACAGAAGGAUUCUGUUCUAAUUUUAUUAAGUAAAAGAGGGAAUAAAAAGGCGUUGAAUGGA